AUGGAGGAAUUUUUGCCACCUCGCCUGAAAACCUCCAUUGAUUUUGCGUGUUAUGGGCAACUAAGUGAGAUUUUCUCAGCUGAGUUAAAACCGACAGCUUGCGCAACUCGUCAUGCGGUUGGACCAGCUGCAAAAUUAUAUGAACUUUUAGAUCCUUAUGUGACAAUCGAUGUUGAUGAUAUUGCUAUUGGUAAAAGCUCUACAAAAUCUCGAACAAAUGUACCACAAUGGAAUGAAAAUAUCUGUGCAGAAGUUAGUUAUGCUCAACAGCUAACAUUUACUGUGUAUCAUGAUGCGGCUAUUCCACCAGAUGAUUUUGUUGCUAUCGUUGAAUUAGCUAUACGAAAUGUUCGAUCUGGAGAAGAUAUGUGGCUUGAACUGGAACCUCAGGGAAAGUUGCAUAUACGCAUUGAUUUGGCUGGCACAAGAACAGACGAACCACCAAGAGAUCGUCCAGGCUUUCCUGGUAGAGAUAGUGCUAUUGGUGGUGUUCAUGGGAAACAUUAUCGAUGUGGUGCUCUUCGUCGGAGAAUCCAUCAAGCUAAAGGACAUAAAUUUCAAGUUACAAGUCUUCGUCAAUUUACAUUUUGUUCAUUAUGCAAUGGUUUCAUCUGGGGUCUAUGGAAUCAAGGCUAUCAGUGUCAAGUGUGCACAUGUGUUGUACACAAACGUUGCUAUCUUAAUGUGAUCACUCAGUGUCCUGGUGUAAAGUCACCACCAAGCUGUCCAACAGUUUCUCUUCAGAGUCGCUUUAAUAUUAAUGUCCCACACAAAUUUCGAAUCCACACAUUCAUGCUUCCAGCGUUUUGUGAUCAUUGUGGUUCAUUAUUAUUCGGUUUAAUGCGACAAGGUUUACAAUGUGAAGUUUGUCGUUUGAAUAUUCAUAAAAGAUGUGAAAAGAAUGUUGCAUCACAUUGUGGAGUAAAUACACGCAAUCUUGUAGCUGCUAUUCGAUUAUGUGGACUGAAUCCAUCUGAUCUUGGUGUUAGUCCAUCAGGUUCAACUACACUGACAACGACAACAACAACAGGACCUGGUGGAAGUAUUGGUCCGAAUCGAACUACAAGCACCAAUAUUACAUCUUCAAUCCGUCCCAUAUCAGCAGGUUCACGUGCUGGCCCUUUUGGGGUUUACGGUGAUACUGGUUUCCCAACAUCUCCUGCACCUUUGAAACCGAGUAAAGGGGAUACGGGUUUUUCUAGUUCUUCACUUAUUGGAAUAGCUCCUCAUGAACGAUCACUGAGUUCUCCUAUCUCAUUACCAACAGCUGAUAUAAGUGGUCGAAAUGUUGGUGGUGGCAGUAUCAUGGAAACGAAUGAAUCAAAUAGGCAUGCAACAUUAGAUCCGGUUUCUGGAAGUGGUUUGAGCACAGUAGGCCCAGUCGCAGGACGACAUGGGAUGCCAGCUCAAAGACCAUCUUCAUUACAAGAUCCUCCCGAUGUAUAUGGGUGUACAAUUGGUCCACGUAUUCCUUGUUUAAAUGACUUUGUAUUUUUAAAAGUACUAGGUAAAGGAAGCUUUGGUAAAGUGAUGCUUGCUGAGUAUAAAGGAACUGGUGAAGUAUUUGCUGUUAAAGUUUUAAAGAAAGAAGUUAUUCUACAAGAUGAAGAUGUCGAUUGUACUCUAACUGAAAGACGUAUUCUUGUCUUAGCUGCACAUCAUCCAUUCCUAACUGCUCUUUACUGUGCAUUUCAAACAGAGGAUCGUUUAUUUUUUGUUAUGGAAUAUGUGAAUGGUGGUGAUUUAAUGUUUCAAAUUCAACGUGCACGUCGAUUUGAUGAAGCUCGUGCAAGAUUCUAUGCUGCUGAAGUUAUCUUAGCUUUAAUGUUUCUGCAUGAUCAUCAUAUUGUUUAUCGUGAUUUAAAAUUAGACAAUAUCUUGUUGGAUGCUGAAGGACACUGUAAAUUAGCUGAUUUUGGUAUGUGUAAAGAAGGCAUGAAACCAGGAAAGACAACAUCAACAUUCUGUGGCACACCGGAUUAUAUUGCACCAGAGAUUCUUGCUGAACUCGAUUAUGGAUUCAGUGUGGAUUGGUGGGCUUUAGGCGUUCUAAUGUAUGAAAUGAUGGCUGGUGCUCCACCGUUUGAAGGUGAUACAGAACAAGACUUAUUCAAUGCUAUUUCAUAUGAAGAAGUUAACUAUCCACCAAAUUUACACCCAGAUGCUGUGGAUAUUCUAUCAAAAUUCUUAGUGAAAUCUCCAGCUCGAAGACUUGGAUGUGUUAUAGCUGAUGGUGGUGAAUUGGCUAUUCAACGACAUCCAUUCUUUAGAGAAAUAGAUUGGCAAAUAUUAGAAGAACGUAGAGUACGUCCACCAUUUCGUCCUAAAGUUCGUUCCAGGAUAGAUACAAGCAAUUUUGAUAAGGAUUUCACCACUGAAGAACCUGUACUGACUCCAUCUGAUAAUUCUUCUGAAUUGGCUGCUAUAGCACAGGAUGUUUUUGCUGAUUUCGAUUGUCUUAAUGUAGACUACAGUGUUAUGCGUUAUCAUACUACACGUCCUAGUCAACAACAGCCUUUACAAUCUGUUAUAGGAGGUAUGCAUAUAUCUAGUACAGCUUAUCAAAAUACUGGAUCUUUUAUUCCUCCAUCUUCACCGGCACCACCAGCACCAGCAUCAACAACGCUGACGACGACGACGACGACGAUAACAACAACACCAACACUUACAACAGUAACAACCACACAGACUACAUUAUCUUCUACAACUAUCCCACUUUCAAAUCCUGAGAGUACAACAUCAUGUCCAUCCUAUUUAUCGUGUACCACUUCACGAUUGACCAUUCCAUCGGGAUCUACUAGUCCAAUUCCUCCAACACAUAGUGCACCAACCUCUCCAACUCGUACUCAUUCCAAUAUUCCAGCAUAUGGAGAUAAAGUAAUGACGAAAUGGCUUGCUCAUUAA